AUGGGCAUGUUCAUGCGGUUGGUGGCCAAGGACAGGCUGCGGAGCUGGGUAGUGAUCAUCAGCGUCACCCCAACAUUCUGCUACCUCACCUACCUCACCUACAAGCGAGUGAUCCUCGGCGAAGGCCCCAAACCACGCCCAAUAGCAGAGGAGCUCGCACGGGUGGAGGCGGCAAACAGGGGUGUGCCUGCGGGGAUCUACACUACGGCGCCGGCGCCGCCACAACAGCCGGCUGCUGAAGCUGGGCAGGGGUGA